CGUGUUCAAAUUUACAUCAUGAAUUAACAGAAAACAAAACAAAAAAUAGAAAAAAGAAAAAGGAAAAUGAGGAGAAAGAUCACGUUCGUCGGGAGUCUCGGAACUACUACCCGUGUUAUCGUGGUAGUUGCGAUGGCUAUCGUCAUUUCCCUUGUUCGCUCUUUCCAUCGUCCCCUAUGCUCUUCUUCAUCUUCCACACCUAAACAUCUUCUUAAAUCUCGCAUCUGCCCCCUCUGGUCUCCUUCCUUCUUAUUCUGCCUACCUCUUCCUCCUCGCAGCACUCUCAUCCGCCACUCCUACUUACCUUCGGUUUCCCCCGCCGCCGCUCAUCGCCGUGGUUCAUUCUGCUCCGCCACACUACCAUCCUUAAUGUCGACGGUUUCUGAUGAUAAUCCUCUAUUGAAGGACUUUGUGUUCCCUCCGUUUGAUGCAAUCGAUGCCUCUCAUGUGCGCCCUGGGAUGCGUGCCUUGUUGAAGAAGCUUGACAGCGAUUUGGUUGAAUUGGAGAAAACCGUGGAGCCGUCGUGGCCGAAGCUGGUGGAACCGUUAGAGAAGAUGCUGGAUCGGUUGAGUGUUGUUUGGGGAGCUGUUAAUCAUCUUAAGUCUGUUAAAGAUACUCCUGAACUACGUUCUGCUAUCGAAGAAAUCCAGCCUGAGAAAGUCGAAUUUGACUUGAAAUUGGGUCAAAGUAAACCUAUAUACAACGCUUUUAAGGCUAUAAGGGAGUCACCGGACUGGGCAGGACUAAGUGAUGCUCAGAAGCGAAUUGUUGAAUCAUCACUAAAGGAGGCCGUUCUUAGUGGUGUCUCCCUCGAAGAUUCUAAGAGAGAAGAAUAUAACAAAAUUCAACAGGAGCUGACAAAGCUUUCUCGAAAAUUUGAGGAGAAUGUUUUGGAUGCCACUAAGAUUUAUGCAAGACUAGUAACUGACAAAAAGGAGAUCGAAGGAUUGCCAGCUACAGCUCUUGGCUUAGCUGCACAAACAGCCAUAUCUAAGGGUCAUGAAAAUGCAACUGCUGAAAAUGGGCCAUGGGUGUUUACAUUGGAUGCUCCAAGUUUCAUGUCUGUCAUGCAACAUGCCAAGAACCGAGCUUUACGGAGGGAAGUUUAUGAUGUUUAUAUAACCCGUUCAUCUGUUGGAAAACUAGAUAAUACUCCAGUUAUUGAACAAAUUCUGAAACUUAGAUUGGAAAAGGCUAAACUUCUUGGCUACAAUAACUAUGCAGAGGUAAGUAUGGCAACCAAGAUGGCUACUGUUAGUAAAGCAGAAGAGCUUCUUGAAAAGCUCAGGAGUGCUUCCUGGAAUGCUGCAGUUCAGGAUAUGGAAGAUCUGAAGCAGUUUGCCAAAAGUAAAGGCGCCCCUGAAGCUGAUGGCUUGAACCACUGGGAUAUCGCCUUUUGGAGUGAGAGGCUACGCGAAUCAAAAUAUGAUAUAAAUGAGGAAGAACUUCGGCCUUAUUUUUCAUUGCCUAAAGUGAUGGAUGGCCUUUUCAACCUAGUGAAGAUGCUAUUUGGCAUUGAUGUUGAAGCAGCUGAUGGUUUAGCACCAGUUUGGAAUGCUGAUGUCAGAUUUUAUCGUAUCAAGGAUUUAUCAGGGAAACCCAUUUCCUAUUUUUACUUUGAUCCAUACUCGCGCCCAGCUGAGAAAAGAGGUGGUGCAUGGAUGGAUGAAGUUGUUGCAAGAAGUCGUGUAUUAUCAGAUGACAAAAACUCUGUUAGGUUACCAAUUGCCCAUAUGGUCUGCAAUCAAAUGCCACCUGUUGGAGACAAGCCAAGCCUUAUGACAUUUCGUGAGGUGGAGACUGUGUUCCAUGAGUUUGGUCAUGCACUUCAGCACAUGCUAACAAGACAAGAUGAAGGGCUUGUUGCUGGUAUUCGUGGCAUAGAAUGGGAUGCUGUUGAGUUACCCUCCCAGUUCAUGGAAAAUUGGUGCUACCAUAGGGAUACGUUGAUGAGUAUUGCAAAACAUUAUGAAACUGGAGAGACUCUCCCUGAAGAGAUAUAUCAAAAGCUUCUUGCUGCUAGAACUUUCCGUGCUGGCACCCUUAGCCUACGUCAGCUAAAAUUUGCAACGGUUGACCUGGAGCUACAUAGCAAGUAUGUACCUGGUGGGUCGGAGUCGAUCUAUGAUGUUGACAGAAGAGUGAGUGAAAAAACUCAAGUACUUGCCCCGCUUGAGGAAGACAGGUUCCUUUGUGGUUUUAGCCAUAUUUUUGCAGGUGGUUAUGCUGCUGGAUACUACAGUUAUAAGUGGGCGGAAGUGUUGUCUGCUGAUGCUUUUUCAGCAUUUGAGGAUGCUGGAUUAAAUGAUGACAAGGCUGUGAGAGAGACAGGGAAGAGGUUCCGUGAAACUAUUCUUGCACUCGGAGGUGGAAAAGCUCCACUAGAGGUUUUUGUUGAAUUUCGUGGGAGGGAACCAUCUCCUGAGCCACUUCUGAGGCACAAUGGGCUAUUACAAACUGCAUGAACAUGAACAUGAACAUGAACAGGGAAGAAGAAGUUGUUGGUCCUUUUAUUCAUCACCAUCAGCAGCAGCAU